CUUUCUGAUUUUUUUCCUCAUUAUAGGCCUCAGGAGUGCAAGUUGCUGAUGAAGUAUGUCGCAUAUUUUAUGACAUGAAAGUUCGGAAGUGCUCCACACCAGAAGAAAUCAAGAAAAGAAAGAAGGCUGUUAUUUUUUGUCUCAGUGCAGACAAAAAGUGCAUCAUUGUAGAAGAAGGCAAAGAGAUCUUGGUUGGAGAUGUUGGUGUAACCAUAACUGAUCCUUUCAAGCAUUUUGUGGGAAUGCUUCCUGAAAAAGAUUGUCGCUAUGCUUUGUAUGAUGCAAGCUUUGAAACCAAGGAAUCCAGAAAAGAGGAGUUGAUGUUUUUCUUGUGGGCACCAGAAUUAGCACCUCUGAAAAGUAAAAUGAUCUAUGCGAGCUCCAAGGAUGCAAUCAAAAAGAAAUUUCAAGGCAUAAAACACGAAUGUCAAGCAAAUGGGCCAGAAGACCUCAACCGGGCUUGUAUUGCUGAAAAGCUAGGUGGAUCCUUAAUUGUAGCUUUUGAGGGAUGCCCUGUGUAGAUCGUCAUUCAGUGCCACAAAUUGAAAGCUUCCAUGUUUAAUGUUAUCCUCUUGCUAUAUAAGUAAAGCAGAUAUGUUUAGGCCAGGGUCUCACUGAGGGGGAACUGUCUUGUCACCUGUUAGAGUAAACAUUCUGUAAACAUGUGCAAAAGGCCCUAAAUAAAUCUAAAAUCUAAAGUUUUAUUGAUGUGAAAUUAAAUUUUUAUUGGCCAAAUGCCUGUUUUGAUGAGUUGGCUUGUAAAGAUUAAGCUAAUGAUUUUUAAUAAUGCAGUUCACAGAGCAGUACAAGGCCACAUGAAGAGAAUUAUUGCAUCUUGUUAACCUCAGCAGUUACUUUGUUUCUUUUGCUUAGAGAAUUGGUAACAAUCUGGUUAUAAUUUUAGCCCAAAUCCUUUAUACUCUCUUGAGCUAAACUGAAUAAUGGAAAAUACUUCUGCUCACAACACAGAACAGCACUAAUAUACUAACUACGGUAAGCUGAAGUCAGGCAGUCUCCUGACUCACCAGAUGUGUCGUGGAGACUGCCGCGCUGUGGUGUACGCCUCUCGUCCGCGCCGACCUUGCAGAGCAGUUUCCAGCACGCAGUGUGGGAGCAGGGAGCAGCUCCCUGCUCCUGCAGCAAGCUCUCCACUCGCUAGUGGGAGACUGUUCUGAGAGUGACCCUGCAUCUUGGAAAUCGUGGUGUGUCCUCAGGAGAAUGUGCAGUAUCUUGUAACAACUAAUUAUAAUGCAAAUUAGGGCUCCAUUGUGAUACACUUUAAUGAAAAUGAUAAAUCAGUGUAUUGACAAGCUGGGACACCUGUGAUAUCUUUAAUUGUGUCUCCUUCAGAACUUUGUUGCUUCUGGUGCAAUAUGAGGUGCGGAAGAACAUUAUGUUUACUCUGGGGCCUGGGAGAGCGUAAUUUCCUAGAGCGGUUUGUCGACUGUGUGUGAAAUUGGGAGCAGGUAUGACGGAUGACACCCACAGGAAGCCACCACCUGACGACACUUGGAAGUGAUCGUCUUUCACAUCACAGGCAUCACACUUUGUAGAGAUGCACGAACAGUUGAACUUAGAAGCAGCGGUAUUGGCUUUAUGUAAUAAAGGAAGCGUUUUUAACUU